UUUAAAAAGUGCGGACUGCCCGAUGUGAAGCGGACAGGAGUCGGAAAGUGAAAUAUCUACGUAGAAACCAGUUCACCACUUACACAAGCGGUGUGAGGAUAUUAAACAUAAACACAGGAGCUGUUUUGAAACGAGUAUCGAUCUCUGAGUGACAGGAUGGAGGCUCGUUACGAUCAGAUUUUAGACUCGCCCUCCAAAAACAGCUACAUUGGGAGCUAUUACCAGCCUCCAGACAGGAUACUGUCAGUGCCCAGACAGCUGCAGCUCCCUGCACACUCCUCCGUCAGCAUGGACCCUCAGGGGUCUCAGACCAAACCUAAUAUUGACAGCAAAGCUGUCGUUGACGCACUGAAGACCCUGCAGCAGAAAAUCCGACGGCUGGAGCUGGAGAGGAAGCAAGCAGAGAAGAGCUACCACCAGUUCUCCCAUGAAGCUCAUCAACAGGUCGCAGCAUCUCAUACAACGCACAGCCAGCCGGUCAGCCUGCCUGAGACAGAUAACACUGACAGGAAAGAGCUGGACGUGAAGCUGCAGUCGGCAGAGUCUCGGUGUAAGGUUCUUGAGAAGCAGCUGGACUACAUGAGGAAGAUGGUUGAAAACGCUAAGAAGGAGAGGAAUGCUCUCAUGGAGAAUCAGGCCUCACUGCAGAACCAGCAGCCGAGCAGCUCCAACGCCCAAUCUCAGCGCGAGAAGCUGGAAAAACUUGAAUCGGAGUGUCUCAAAUUGAGCAGGACCCAAACUCUGGCAGAGAGGAAGCUGGCCUUUCUGGAGCAAAAGCUACUGAAAGAAGAACACGAACGUCAACUUGUGCAGGAGAAAGCAGACAAACUGCAGAAAGAGUUGGACAUCAACUUUCGAAUGUCUGUCCAAACGACUGAAGACAUCAAGCCAAAGAAGAAAACAAAAAAGAGCAUAAAGAAAACCUCCAGACAGAACGAGCUGGCAUCACCAAGCCCCCCAAGGCACAAAACCUCCAGACAGAACAAAAUGCCUUUUGUUGCUGGAACAUCGACGAGCCCGAGCCAUUCAGUCCACGCCAACAUACAAAGUAUACUUCACAUGAUGAAGCACCAUCAGCCCCAGCUGUGUGAACGAGUGAGCGCUCUGCAGAGAUCUGGUUGUGGAGCCAAGAAAAGCCUCCAAAAGGACUUUUCUCAAUCUCCCACUACUUUUCACAAUCCUGACAGGGAGCCCAAACGAGCAGAUCAGUCACUGGGCUCGCUGUCUGAUCUGCUCUUGGCUCUGCAGGACGAGUUAGGACAAAUGAGCUUUGAGCAUCAGGAGUUGGUGGCUCAGAUAGAUGCAACCCAACAUCGCAACCAGAAGCAGGAUCUGCAGAGAGAACUUGAGAGGUUGGUCGCCAGGAUGGAAGAGAAGGGAGUUCAGAUCACCAAACUCCGCAAACACCAGCAGACGGUCCACCAAUUGUCCCAGAGCCAGCCACGCGCAGAGGAACACAAAACGAAGAAGCCGAGCGGGAUCAAGCCACCUGCUCCUUCUCCUGUUAAACCCAAGCAGAAAGGAAAGAAAGAUUACAGAGCCUGACUGGACGCAGCAAUCUGGUUAGCUGAGGCAAGUCAGGGCCCCUCCAUGCCCAUAUACAAGGAUCUCCAUCCUCUCCUGACCCUGCAGCUCCGAUACCUUGUGACUGCACACCUCUCUUUUUGUGUGCUGUUCAAUAGCAGUGGUGUGCUCAGAGAGCAGUGUAUGUAGGAGGGCUGGGUAGAUAUGAGUCUGCGUAAGGCAUUUUGUUGUGGGUGUGUGAAGGAAUUGCCUAUAAACAGCUACUAGUCCAUCGUCUUAGAAAGAAGAAGAACAAGGAGUACAUUUGCCUACAGUCAAGUUUGUGGAUUCUAACUGAAAAAGCAGCAUCCUCAGUGUGUGAAUGCCUUUUAUUGAAUAGGACAGCUAAAGAUUGACAGAAAAGAGAGCGAGAGAGGGAGAAGGGAUGACAUGCAAAGGGCCACAGGUCAGAUUUAAACCCAUAGGACUCAGCCCUGGUACAUGGAGCACCAGCUCUACCAGGUGAGCUACCAGGUCGCCCCAGAUUUUCCAUUUAGUAAAAGGCCUGCAAGAGAUGUUCUUAGAUAGAGCAGCACAAGCUUUUCUAUCUCUGUCCAGUAACACUAAGUGCAGGGUUGCAGACUGUUUUUAAUGGAAGCACAAGAGAGAGAAACUGUGGUGUGGUUAUCCAAAAAACAUCUCUCUCUCCCUGAAACGCUCUUUGGUUCAGGGAAACGUUGCCAGCUGGGGAUUCUGGCACUGUAAGAAUAACAGUCUGCUCAGCACUAAAACAUUUUGUUACGCACACACCUCGUUCGAGAAUGUAGUCGAGUACACGGGCCGCGAUACUUGAGUGUGCGCACACACGUGCAUACUAACAUUUCCUUCAGAGCUAGCAGUUUUUGCUACAUAAACAGAACCUUGCUGUGACCUCGGAAACUUGUCAGGAAACACAGUGAAAAACAAAUGGUUUGUUUUUUUAACAGACUGGUGGUUUCUUUGGGUCAUUGAUUGAAUUGUUAUUGAUGGUACACGGCAGGAAAUAAUAUCAGUGUUGUUCAUGGAAUAAACUUUGUACCAGUUUCCUUUUCAAACACUUUUCAAACAUUUCUCUCGUAAGAUUAUUACACACAGGAUAAUGUAAAGUCUUUGGGAAAAGCCUUGUCUAUACAGUGGAUGACUGCAGGGCUAUUAGUAAGUUUACAGCCAAAGGAAGGCACUAGUAUCACCAAAAACGAAAAAAUUAUCAUGUAGCUCAGUGGUUACCAACAUUUUUUGGGCUUGUGACCCAGUAAAAUUAAGCAAUGUUAACUUGUGACCCCUUGUCACAGGUUACGACAUCGUGGGUGUCCUGAGGCCUAAAGAGGCUAAAGUAUGA